AUGGAGGCUAGAUUACAGAGAACGGAGGAAGAACUUCGUCAGAUGAGGCAACAUGCCCCUUCACAGGUCACAGGGAGCGCCAUAGAUUCAUCUUUGUUUAAGCAGUGGUUGAAGAACAUCGAAAGUGAGACUGGGAUUUUGUCUGGAGGUGACUUGUCUCUAGAACAAGUCUUAAUUCAGGGAGUGGAUAUGUUUGGAAAGCGCAUUGGGUUUCUCAAAUUUAAAGCAGAUGUUCUUGACAAAUCUACUGGCAAAAAGGUUCCAGGUAUUGUUUUUGCCCGAGGACCAGCUGUAGCCAUUCUGAUUCUUUUGGACUCAGAAGAUGAGACUUAUGCUGUUCUCACUGAGCAGGUAAGGGUCCCAAUUGGUAGGCUCGUUUUGGAAUUGCCUGCUGGAAUGUUGGAUGAUGACGAGGGUGAUAUUGUUGGGACUGAAGUUCGUGAUGCCUUACAGAGCACUGCUAUU